AUUAUUUCGAGUAAUCCGCCAUCUUUAAUGGUAAAUACGCAUCUCAUCGUUUCCUGUGUGACUUCCUUGGAUGUUUAACUCAUUUCCCGCGCACCUUGCACGUCGCCCCUUCACUCUGCACGAGUUCCACCUUUCCUCUGUCUUCUAGAUUUAGAAGCAGGUGCUUUGCAAGCCCAGGCUGCGAGGAAAAACCCUCGGAAACACCAUGCCGGUCCGAAAACAAGAUGCUCAUCGGGCCCUGGAGCUGUUGGAGGAUUACCACUCCAGACUAACACAGACACAGGACAAGCAGCUUAAAAUAGCCAUAGAGAGGGUCAUCAGGAUCUUCAAGAGCAAGCUUUUCCAGGCAUUACUGGACAUUCAAGAAUUUUAUGAGUGCACCCUCUUAGAUGACAGUAAAUCUACACAACAGAAGACAUUGGAGACCUUACAGAUAGCCAGUAAGUGGGAGAGAGAACCACCCAUCACCAGUGUAGUCCAACCAAAAAUAGAGAAGUCUGUUGCACCAGUGGAUGAAGAGUUGCCUCCCCCUCCCCCGGAACUCAGAAAUGACACCAACAACAAACCUCACGUCAUUGGUCCAUAUGAAGAUAAUUUACCUCCUCCACCCCAAGGAUCUGAAGGAGGAGAGUCAGAUUAUAUGAAUGGGGAACCUGAGUGGGAGUAUGAAACCAUUCCACUGGAAAGGGGAAAUACAGGAUUAGGGUUCAGCAUUGCAGGAGGGGCUGACAACCCUCACAUGGGGGAUGACCCCAGUAUCUUCAUCACGAAGAUCAUCCCUGGAGGAGCAGCAGCAGAGGAUGGAAGACUGAAAAUCAAUGACAUUAUUGUGAAAGUGAAUGAAGUAGACGUAUCAGAAGCUACACAUUCGGAGGCUGUAGAUGCUCUCAAACAGGCGGGCACACGAGUCGUUCUGCAUGUGAAGAGGUUAAAGGCACCUACAGAGAAUAUUCAAGAGAUACAGCUUAUCAAAUCAAAUAAGGGUCUAGGGUUCAGUAUAGCGGGGGGCAUCGGAAAUCAACACAUUCCAGGUGACAAUGGGAUAUUUGUCACCAAAAUCAUUGAGGGAGGGGCAGCAGAACAGGAUGGCAGAUUGGCUGUGGGGGACAGGCUCAUUGCAGUGAAUGACACAAACCUUGAUAAUGUGACACAUGAAGAAGCAGUGGCUGCACUGAAGGCUACACAGGAAGUGGUCAACUUGACCAUCGCCAAACCAUCUUAUAUACCAGACAAUGUCAGUCAGGACCAGGCCACUCCACCAUCUGCCAGAAAAUUAGAAAAUGUUGCUGUUGUUGCACCAACCUCUAGUCCAGACAGGCCCACAAAUGUAUCACACCACUCGGAAAACACCUACGCCAAUGAAGAUCCUGGAAGGGAUCCAAGAAAAAUUGUCUUGAAGAAGGGGUCGACGGGUCUUGGCUUCAACAUUGUAGGAGGAGAAAAUGGCGAGGGGAUAUUUGUUUCCUUCAUCCUGGCAGGGGCACCUGCAGACCUCAGUGGGGAGUUACGGAGGGGUGACCAAAUCUUGUCGGUGAAUGGGAAGGAUUUAGUAAUGGCCACACAUGAAGAGGCAGCAGGUGCUCUAAAGAUGGCUGGGGACACAGUGGAACUGGUAGUACAGUACCGACCUGAUGAGUACAACAGAUUUGAGGCCAAAAUUCAGGAUUUGCGAGAACAGAUGAUGAACACAAGUACAGGCAGUUUACGCACCACUCAGAAAAGGACACUUUAUGUCAGAGCUUUGUUUGAUUAUGAACCAACAAAAGACAGCGGUUUGCCCAGUAAAGGUUUGGCCUUUAAGUAUGGCGAUAUUCUCCACGUAACAAAUGCUAGUGAUGACGAGUGGUGGCAGGCUCGCUAUGUGACACCCGACGGCGAGGAGGAGGGAAUGGGGAUCAUUCCAAGUAAAAGACGGGUAGACAGAAAAGAAAGAGCACGGUUAAAGAAUGUUAAAUUUACUGGCAAAACCAGUGAAAAGACAAAUGGCAAUGUGCAACAUGUUAAUUCAAAUGAGAAGAAAAAGAAGAAUUUUUCAUUUUCCAAACAUUUCCCUUUUAUGAAGAGCAAGGACCACGCAGUAGGAGAAGACAUCAGUGCUGAUGAGCGUGGUGCUGACAGUGAGGCCAGCUAUCGUGGAGAUGAACCUAUUCUCUCAUAUGAAGCUGUAGUGCAGCAGGAAUUGAAAUACACCAGACCUGUCAUUAUUCUGGGGCCGCUUAAGGACAGAAUCAAUGAUGACCUCAUCUCAGAAUUCCCAGACAAAUUCGGAAGUUGUGUUCCACAUACGACACGAGCCAGGCGUGACUAUGAAGUGGACGGCAGAGAUUACCAUUUUGUAGACUCACGGGAACAGAUGGAGCGUGACAUCCAGAAUCACCUGUUUAUUGAAGCAGGACAGUACAAUGAGAACCUCUAUGGAACCAGUGUAGCGUCUGUAAAAGAGGUGGCAGAGAAGGGAAAGCACUGUAUUCUUGAUGUGAGUGGAAAUGCCAUAAAGAGACUACAGGUUGCUGGAUUGUAUCCAGUAGCCAUUCUUAUCAAACCAAAGUCCAUUGAAUCCAUAAUGGAUAUGAACAAGAGAAUUACUGAAGAACAAGCCAGAUUGACCUAUGAAAGAACCAUGAAACUGGAACAAGAAUUUGGCGAAUAUUUUACUGCUGUUGUUCAAGGUGAUACGGCAAAUGAGAUCUAUGCAAAGGUUAAGGAAGUGAUCCGCGACCAGUCAGGUCCCACUAUCUGGGUCCCAGCCAAGGAAAAGUUAUGAGCAAGUGUCAGAGGUCGUGUGGUUACUGAUGCAGAUCAACCUUUGUUUAGUGAUCGACAAACUGCCAAUGAACUUUGACAUUCUUACCAAAUCAUGUGUGAUGCAGGCCAAGGGGAACUAAUCUACAAACCUGGGCGGGCAAUAGUUUUAUUUAUUGAAGUUUAUGGUGUUUUUUUUUUACUGUAAUUGUAUCAUUUUUCAUCCUCGAUCAUGCAUUUUGACAGUAUGAGUUUUUUGUUGUAGAUUAGAAUUUUCAAGGAUUUGAUUGAUGGAAGAUUGUUAGAGAAAGCUGUAUGUCUUUUAAGGGUUUAUCUCAAAAAUAAAAAUCAAAGUCUAAGGGUUUAAACAAAGUAGAUAGUAAAAAUGAUCUGAAUUUUCAGGUAUAUAAAGAAAAUAAUUGGAGAAAUUUAACCAAGUUUAUAAUUAACAGUGAUGAUAGUAAAAUGUUGCCAAUUGUGAUAAAUUUGUAUAUAUACAUGGAAAAAAUAAUACAUAAGAAUGCUACUGGAGAAUUUUUAGAAAUGUAAUAUAUGAAUUAAUUUUACGGUGAAGAUUUUCAUGUUAAUCAUGUUGAUUAAUGAAAUAUUUUAAUUAUUCCAUUUUAUAUAUAUAUUGUAGUACAGGUUAUGAUACAACCAAUGUAUUCUGUUUGCUUCUAGUUAAAAGUUGUGCAUUAUACAGCAUUUUUUAAAUGCACUUUUCUGUAAUUGAAUGAAAAAAUGAAAGGUUAUCAAAUCAACAUUCCCAAGUAUUCCAAGUUUAAGUGACUCACUCUGUAAAGAGAGUUGUUUUGAAAUACUAAGAACACUUUGACAGACUUGUUAUUUUGAAAAACUACAACUGCAUUGAUGUGUUUAAUAAUUGUUUGGAAGAAAUUUAAGUGCUGAUUUUUUUUUUAUAAUUGUACAUACAAAAAAGCCAAGCUUUAAAUUCUUUCCUGAAAAUCUAGUUUUUCAUAUAUUGGGCAUUGAAUGUCUGUGUCGUUAGACAGCUGUAGGUUUGUGUUGCAUGGUUUGCCUACCUCGCAUGGCUCUGUGUACCAACUGAUAUUUUAUUUACCAACAGCCAAGGACCACUAGUUUUCAAUCAAAUAUUGAAGUCCCACUUGUUACUGGAGGAAAUUUCACAGUAUUUCGUCAUCCUUCCAAGAUGACCUUGUUUAGAGCUGAAACUUUAGAGUAAGCAAGCUUUUUUUUUUUUUUAAGCUACAUUGUACAUCAUCUUUGUGAGUUUUUGGAAGAUUUUUUUCUUGCCAAUACUGAUUAGGAUCUGUCUUUAUUUGUGACUACUUCAUUUAUGAUUCAGGGUGAGAUUGUGAUAUUCUACAAGUGUGUCUGCAUAAGAUGUUAGUCAUAAACACAAACCUCUGUCAUUUUCUGUAACACAUUUUUUGUGCAUUCAAACUCACUGUUCAAUAUUCAUGGCUCUCAUUACUAACCAUUCAGAUCACCUUUAGGUGUAGAUUUGUUUCUCAAUUUUGCAGUAUGAAUUGCCACAUCUCUAAAUAAUGUUUCUUAAAAACAUGUUACAAAAUUGGAGAUAUUAUGUAACAUGCUGUUUAAGUGUUCUAUUGCAGGUAAAUUGAACUUGUCAAUGUAGAAUUAAUUUUAACAAUAUGUAAAGUCUGUUUUUAUUGAGAUUUUACCAGACACAAAGGAAAAAAAUUGUCAUGUACUAAGAGAUGUGUCUUGCCUAAGAAUGCUCAGUUAUAAGUCAUGUACAUGGAUUUUUAUGCUACACUCGAGGAUUGUAUAACUUAGUGACAGGUAAUUUCAUUUACUUCAAUUGGAUAUUCUUGAAAUUUUUAGAAAAUUAAGAAUUAACAGGUUGUUAAAUAUGUGAUAUCAUUCAGGUUUUCUUCCCUAACUUCUUUUAUAUCAUUUGAUUACAAAUGGCAGUGUGAAUUUUCAGUGUUUGAAAACAAGUCUUGCUUGCUUCCAUUGUGCAUGUACAUAAUAGGAAAAUGCUUUUCAUUUGAUAUGCUGAUUUAAUUCAGGAGUCAUUUACCAAGAAAAAUAGUAUAUCAUUAAUAUAAAUUAAUAAAAUUAUUGUUGAAAUU